CACCACUUGGACGAUUGUUCCGACUCCUAUCAGUAUCGACUACAGCUGCCUUGCGCAUGCGACAAUCGUAUUUCGCUCUGCUGCGACUCCCGUGAGCAGUCGACCCGGACUGCCCUUCUCCUUGCCGCCAUCCGCUGUCGCUUGCCGUACAGCCCACCCGCAAGCCACCGACACAAGCGACCGCAUUACUGCCUCCUUCUUCGAGUUUUGUCGCUCUUGAAAAUUAGCAACGCCCUUUGUGGCAGUAUACCAUCGCCUGUCGUACCACAAUGGAUACGUCGAUGCCCUCGUUGGCCGUUGCGAGCGACCCUUCGAACAUCACCUCCGACGCUGCCCUGCCCGAAGCUUCCAACUUGUCAAAGCACUCUGAAGCCGCCCACGCCUUAACUCCACCCACCUCCGAGGACAACAACAUCAGGAUAGAUGACGAUGCCUCUUCGGAGUUGUCAGAAUUGGACCUCGACUUGGAAGAUGAGGAGGAAGUUGUGCCCGACCACUACUGGGACGACGGCAAGGUACCAGUCUUCAAGCCAACAAUGUCACAGUUCCGCGACUUCAAAAAGUACAUGGACAAAAUCGACAAGUACGGCAUGAAAUCAGGCAUCGUCAAAGUCAUACCCCCUCAAGAAUGGAGAGACGACCAACCCGCCCUCGAUGAACUCGUCAAAACGAUCAAAAUCAAGAACCCCAUCUCUCAAGAGUUCAUGGGCACCCACGGAAUCUACACCCAGGCCAACAUCGAGAAACAACGCUCCUACAACUUGCCAGAGUGGAAGGCUCUCACCGAAGAGACCCAGUACCAGCCUCCUGCCAGACGAGGAGAGCGCCGUAGAAACCAAGGCCAAGCUACCAGGGGCGCUGCCGCUAAGACGCGUACUUCGGCCAGGGCUUUGGCUCCAAAAGAUGCUGGCACUAAGAGAAAGCCUGGUAGACCACGCAAGAACCCUCUUCCCAAGGAGGCCGACGACGACCAAGAAUACAAUGCCCGAGCUAGCCAGGUGCCACCCACACCUACCUCGCCCAUACUGAAGUCGACCGAACCCUCUGAACAAACUACACCCAGCAAGCCAAAGCCUAAGCCAAGAGGUAGACAACCCAAGGGUGGACAACAGAAGUCGGUCUCGUCACGCAGAAUGAACAAUACGACCGAGACCAAUGAAGUUUAUGAUGAGGCUGCUUUCAAGGACUUCGACUACCACAUGGACGACUUGGAUGAGUUUACGCCUGAACGAUGCGCUGAACUCGAGACUGCCUACUGGAAGAGUUUGACCUUCGCCCAGCCUAUGUACGCCGCUGAUAUGCCUGGUUCUCUGUUCAAGGACGAGUGCGAUAUCUGGAACGUCGCAAAGCUGCCCAACUUGCUUGACGUGCUCGGAACAAAGGUUCCUGGUGUCAAUACUGCCUACUUGUACAUGGGAAUGUGGAAAGCAACCUUCGCCUGGCAUCUGGAAGACGUCGAUCUUUACAGCAUCAACUACAUUCACUUCGGUGCGCCCAAACAAUGGUACAGCAUCUCACAGGAGGAUGCCAGAAAGUUCGAAAAGGCCAUGAAGAGCAUCUGGCCCAACGACUCGAAGGCUUGUGACCAGUUCUUGCGCCACAAGACAUAUCUCAUCUCUCCAGAGAUUUUGCAAAAGCAGUUCGGCAUCAAGGUCAACAAGCUUGUCCAUUACGAAGGCGAAUUUGUCAUCACAUACCCCUAUGGUUACCAUUCUGGAUACAAUGUCGGAUACAAUUGCGCCGAGUCUGUCAACUUCGCUACUGAAUCCUGGCUCGAUUAUGGUCGUAUUGCAAAGAAAUGCGAAUGCGAGGCUGACAGUGUCUGGGUCGAUGUUGGAGAAAUUGAGCGCAAACUCAGAGGUGAACCCACCCCUGAGUAUUACGAAGAGACUGACGAGGAUGAUGAAGACGACAUGGAUCUAGAUGCUGCGAACGACCUCCCUAGCCCUCCUGCCAGCGUUGCAGGCAAGCCACAGUCGCAAGCUCGCAAGCGUAAGCGUGAUCCCAAAGAGAAGGAUGCCGGAAAGAAGAAGAAGCGUAUCAGGAUCCUCAUCAAGGUUCCUCAUAGAGAGCCCUGUGUCCUCUGCCCGAACGAUCCUCCCAACGAACCACUGUUACCUACCGACAACGGACAGCAAGCGCAUCGCUGCUGCGCACUUUACACUCCGGAGACCUUUAUCAACAGCGAGGACGGCAGUGAGAAGAUAUUCGGUGUCGCCGGUAUUGACAAGGCACGUCUUGAUCUCAAGUGCAACUUUUGUCGCUCCAAGCGUGGUGCUUGUUUCCAGUGUUCAGCCAAGAAGUGUACACGAGCUUACCACGCAACUUGCGCACUUCCUGCUGGUGUGCAAGUCGACGUUGGUCCGGUGCCAACCUUUGGCGAGGAUGGAACUGAGUAUUUCGAAGAAGGCUUUGAUCUGCGAUGCCGUUUCCAUCGCCCCAAGCGUGCAAAGCACUUGAAUAUUGAUGGUCUGGAAGGCAACAAGCUCAUCAAUAACUUCGCCAGAUCUCUCAAGCGAGGUGAUGCCAUCCAGGCUCAAUUGUUAGGCGGCGAUAUUUUCGCUGGUGUAGUUGAAGAGAACCGUUCUGGUGAAGCAACAGUCCUAAUCAACAUUCUGCCUUCUGGAGAUCAAAUUGAGAUUGAGUGGAAAUGGAUUGCGGUAUUAGAUCCCAUCGACUCUCUACGUCCGAAGCCAUCCGCCAAGGCCCUACCCAUGCCUGAGGGUAUGAGCAAGCAAUCCGUCUCCAUCGAGAAUCGCCAAGAUGGUGUCCCGAUCUCGGACAGUACGUUCCACGAAGAUGCGACUUACAAAUGGGCAGAGUUCCGUAACCUGCAAAUCCCUCCCCAAGGCUAUAGCACAGCCAGCAUCAAGAAUCCUGAUCAGGUCAAGAUUGAUCUCAACAAAGCUGACCAGCUCUACUAUUAUCUGCCGAAGAAGUCGACCGAGGCCAAAGGCAGAUUUACUGACGACCCUAAGGGACAGAAUCAUGUCUUUAAGGGUGACUUCAUGGAGCGCGUCAAGCCUGCCAGAUCUUUCAGACCUGUGGCUCCAUCGUACGCUGGUGGCUACACCGGGGGCUACACCAUGCCGCAAGUCUCACGACCUAUCCCCGUGCAAACACACAACAGUGAGCGGCCAUACAUCUACAAGCCUAAAACACCUGCUUACCCUGUAGGGGGCUACAAUAUUGAUCAACGCGCAUUGGCGUCUCAGCAACAGUUCAUGCAACAAGCUGACCCCAGACGAGCAUCGUUUGCUACAGGACAAUACUCUCAGCCAAUUCCUCCUCUUCGUCAACAGCACAGCGAUCCAACGCGUUCUUCUCCCACGCCCCUUCGUCCUUUCUCAGAAGGCUACUAUUCAUCGAGGACCUUGCCUGCUGCUAUUCCUGGUGAAUACUCGCAAUUCCAUCAACAGGUGCGCCGCACGUCGGGCGGACCUCCCCCUUCGCAAUCUUACCAGACGCAACCUUAUGGGACCACUCCUCAGCUGCCUAAGCCCAGCGCAGGUAGUCCACAGACGAGUGCUGGAUACCCACAGCCGCAAGGUGCUGGUCGUGCUCUCUUGGGAUCAUAUGGUAAUCAGAUGAAUGAUUCGGUUUACAAGAAUGGACCUGCUGCUCAAUCUGCGAUACAAGCCAGACGCGAUUCUGCUGGCAAUGAGCCAACAGCUCAGUCACCCACAACAAGCGCCGCUCGUCCGCCAAACAACCAAUGGACUCCCCCUUCACAAGUCUACCACGCAUAUGACCGUGCCGCUCACUCCCAAUACCCUCCUCAGAACGCAUAUCGCCCACAGCCUACGUACCAAACACCGCAAGAGUUCCAACAGCAAAUCGGCAUACAAGCUCGUCAACCAGACGUCUCUAAUCGCUGGGGCGCAUACGACCGCAUGCUAAGAGAUGCCGCAAACGCACAAUCCACACUCCCACCUCUGUCUAAUCCUUACAGCAUGUCGACUACCACAGCCGGCGGUGCUCCAAACGGCUUUUCCAUUCCUGCUACGUACCCGAGCCCCAAAGCCCCGACGGCUAGUCCGUUAAGCGAUACUCAGACACCGAGGGCACCUAGUCCUGGUAUGGGUUACCGCACUCAGGGUAUGAUGUGGGGAGCUCCUCCACAGCAUCAACAGCAACCACUGCAGAAUGGGAUGGCGCUGAACAACACUUUGCCUCCGCUGCAGUCUAUGACUCAAGGAGGACCGUUUGCUACUCCUUCUUCUCAUCCACCACCAUCUCAAAAGUAGUACUGGCGAGGGGUGUGAAGGGUAUGGAAGGGUAAUCAUAGGCAUAUGAUGAUGACAACAAGGAGGAAAUGAGGAUUCAUGACAUUAUUCCACUUUUUCUUCUCUUUUUGCUUUCUUCCUUUUCUUUUCCUUUUAUAUCGAGUAUACGGGCUCUUACAGAGCGGUCUUUGACGCCGAAUGGGUGCACGAAAUUAUCACAGAUGGGAUCGAAAUGGGACUUGGGAGGCUAUGAGGAACGCGGGGGUUCGUGGGAAGGACUUAUUGGAGUUUUUUUUUUGGAGUUUCUUUUCUUACAUCUUUCCUUUCUGGGCUGAGUGGCUUUUUCUUUCUUUUUCUUUUUCCUUUCUUUAUUAGUUGCAGUGUAGUGCCCUAAGCUAUGCUUUUUUUAUUCCAUCGAAUUCCUCUUGAUUUAGUUCGUCGUGUGACUUCUAUGAUUAGCCAG